AUGACCGCGUUACCCAACCUUUGGUCAGCUUUUUCGCCGCUGCACGCUUCCUGCUGAGCAGCUUCAUCAUCUCCCGCGACCUCGCACCUGUUGCUGCACGCCCGCAAUAGUGCCCGCACCGCAGCAAUAAUGCCGGCCCACAACGCCCUACUGACACCGCACAGAGCCGCGGCCCACGAUGACGAUGGCCACGACCAGAUCGGCUCCACCAGCUCGACUCCACCUGGCGCCUCAACACCGCGCCCCGACCCUACUGAUAAGCGACUGCCGGGUAUUUUGCACAGCUACUUUGGCCAGGUUCGUGAUUCCUUACUGCCCCAGAGCAAAUCAUCGCUGUCAAAGCCUUCCAACCCCGCACCUGCUUCUUCAGACGCCACUGCAACGGAACCUAAAGAGAAGGAAGAUAUAGAAAAGGCCACCCCUCUUCAGACAAUGCUGCCAAGCCCCGCCCCCAGUGCUUCUUCUCGCACCCCCUCAGCUUCGCAGUUGAACGGUGAAACAGAGAAGCUAACAGUAGGCGACUUUUCGUCGCCGCAGAAUCAGGCUACCCCUCCUCAAACACCCCGCACCCGCUCACAAGAAGGCAAGCCCCCGACAUCAAGCUUGUCACGCACCUCGCUUGCGUCGAAUAACUCGAGAGAGUCGAAAGUAUCGAACAAAUCGGACAAGGAGGCAGCUGUUGUUGGGCCACCAAAAGGCAAGCUCGCUGUCACCAUCACAGAGGGCCGAGACCUGAGGCGAAGCACUGAUCCCUAUUGCGUUAUCCAGUUCCAAUGGGCAGAGUACAUUUCUGAUGGACCGAAGCAUGAUGAAACCAAGGGCCCUCGUGGCCCCAUGCAGAUGAGGAGGACCGAAAGUGAGAUGCAGAGGCCAAUGGCCAUCCCAAUGAAGAGUCGUCAGAGCAGCAACAGCGGACACAGCUCGGAUGCUAGAGAUGACAUGCAAGAAGAGACUAACAACCCUACCUGGGAGCAUGAGGCUGAAUUCGAUGUUGUUGGUGACCACGCCGAGGUUGACAUUUCUGUCUACGACCGAGCGAACGGCGAGGCCUUCCUUGGCCACGUCCGAUUCUGCCCCAACUUGAUCGAGUAUGACCAGCCUUUUGAUGGCUGGUUUGCUCUUGAGCCCCGUGAGGGCGAAAGUGCCAGGGUAACGGGCGAGAUCCACCUCAAGCUCGACUUCCACAAGAUCGAGAAGAAGUCGUACGGUCCCGAAGAUUUUGAGAUUUUGAAGCUCAUCGGCAAGGGCACAUUCGGUCAGGUGUUCCAGGUCCGCAAGCGUGACACCAAGCGAAUCUACGCCAUGAAGGUGCUGUCCAAGAAGGUCAUUGUGCAGAAGAAGGAGGUAGCACACACGCUAGGCGAGCGCAACAUCCUUGUCAGGACUGCGAUGGCAGAUUCAUCUUUUAUCGUGGGGCUGAAGUUCUCUUUCCAGACACCGUCUGACCUUUACCUGGUCACUGACUACAUGUCCGGAGGCGAGCUGUUCUGGCAUCUCCAGAGGGAGGGUCGCUUCCAAGAGGCUCGUGCAAAGUUCUACAUCGCCGAGCUUAUCCUGGCUCUGCAGCAUCUGCACGACCACAACAUUGUUUACCGCGAUCUGAAGCCAGAAAACAUCCUGCUCGAUGCCAAUGGCCACAUUGCACUUUGCGACUUCGGACUCUCCAAGGCUAACCUUACUGAGAACGCAACUACGAACACAUUCUGCGGUACGACAGAGUACUUGGCGCCUGAGGUACUACUGGACGAGCAUGGUUACACUAAGAUGGUCGAUUUUUGGUCUCUCGGUGUGCUAGUGUUCGAGAUGUGCUGCGGCUGGAGUCCUUUCUACGCGGAAGAUACCCAGCAGAUGUACAAGAACAUCGCUUUCGGAAAGGUCAGGUUUCCCAGGGACGCUUUGAGCACCGAAGGCCGGAACUUUGUCAAGGGUCUUCUGAACAGGAACCCUAAGCACAGGCUCGGCGCUACCCGAGAUGCUCUGGAACUGAAGGAACACCCUUUCUUUGCUGACAUCGACUGGGAUGCUCUGUCGAAGAAGAACGUUGUGCCACCCUUCAAGCCGAAGCUCAAGGGUGAGCUUGACGUUUCCAACUUUGACCCCGAGUUCACGAACGCUCUCAAUGGCAACGGUUCCUUGAACGCUCGCGCCGCUGCAUUGGCAUCUGGUGUCAACCCAGCCUCGACACCGCUCUCACCAACAAUGCAGGCCAACUUCGCCGGCUUCACAUUCACCGGCGAAAGUACCAUGGAGCAGCAAUUUGGCGGCAGCAGAACUCACAAUGAUCACGACCGAAUGGAAGAGGACGAGAAGGACGACAUCAACUGGGAUAAGCCUGCGGGACGCGGAGAUAGAAUGUCUGGCGUCAUCCCCAGUAACAACGAGCACGAUAUCUUCAACCAUGGUCAGAUGGACGUCUAGAUGAAUGUCCCCAUCCGAAGGCUGGUCCCGGCAAAAGUCUUUCAGCAGGUCUGCUAUGAGCUCACGAACCGUCUCUCGGUGGCCUGGAUGCACCAUUGACCUCGUUCGUAUUCGUUUUG